UGUAAUGGAGGGAUCCGGGGAAGAGUUCAUGAAAUACCGCUCACCGCUGGUGUCCCGGUACGCCAGCAAAGAGAUGGCCUACAACUUCAGUGACAGAAACAAAUUCACCACAUGGAGAAGACUGUGGCUUUACCUCGCUAAGGCCGAAAAGGAAUUGGGUCUCCCCAUAACCGAUGCCCAAGUGAGUGAGAUGGAGUCUCACUUGGAGGACAUUGAUUUCGUCAUGGCUGCAGAGGAGGAGAGGAAGUUGAGGCAUGAUGUCAUGGCUCACGUGCACACGUUUGCUCACUGCUGUCCCACCGCUGCUCCCAUCAUCCACUUGGGCGCCACUUCCUGUUAUGUGGGAGACAAUACGGAUCUGAUAAUGCUGCGUGAUGGAUUUGACAUCCUGCUACCCAAGCUGGCUCGUGUCAUAGACAGGCUGGCUAACUUUGCAGAGAAAUAUGCUGACCUGCCGACUUUAGGCUUCACCCAUUAUCAACCAGCUCAGCUGACUACAGUCGGGAAGCGUGCUUGUCUGUGGCUGCAGGAUCUGGUCAUGGACACACGUAAUCUUCAGCGUGCAAGAGAGGACCUGCGCUUCCGGGGUGUCAAAGGAACCACAGGCACUCAGGCCAGCUUCCUGCAGCUCUUUCAGGGGGAUCAUGAGAAGGUGGAAGAGUUGGAUUGGAAGGUCACUGAGAUGGCUGGUUUUAAAAAAUCAUACCUGGUGACGGGUCAGACGUACAGCCGUAAGGUGGAUAUCGACACACUCUGUGUGCUGGCCAGCCUCGGAGCCACAGUACACAAGAUUUGCACUGAUAUCCGUCUGUUGGCUAAUCUGAAAGAGAUCGAGGAGCCAUUUGAGAAAGAGCAGAUUGGUUCCAGUGCCAUGCCGUACAAGAGAAACCCCAUGCGUGCUGAGCGCUGCUGUAGUCUUGCUCGUCACCUGAUGGCGCUGGUGUCGGACCCUCUGCAGACAGCAUCAGUGCAGUGGCUGGAAAGAACCCUGGACGACAGCGCUAACAGGAGGAUCUCAUUGCCCGAGUCCUUCCUCACAGCGGACAUCAUCCUCAGCACUCUGCAGAACAUCACUGAAGGGCUGGUCGUGUAUCCUAAGGUGAUUGAGAGACAUAUCCGUCAUGAGCUGCCUUUCAUGGCUACUGAAAACAUCAUCAUGGCCGUGGUGAAGGCUGGAGGAAACAGACAGGACUGCCAUGAGAAGAUUCGGGUGCUGUCCCAGCAAGCUGCGGCUGUAGUCAAACAGGAAGGCAGGGAUAAUGACCUACUGGCUCGGGUUCAGGCUGAUCCAUAUUUCACCCCUAUACUUGGACAGCUGGACGCCUUACUGGACCCCAAAACCUUCGUCGGCCGAGCCCCACAACAGGUUACCAGGUUUUUGUCUGAGGAGGUCAGGCCUGUUCUAGAGCCAUACAAAAGUAAUAUGGAUGUCAAGAUUGAACUAGAGCUCUGAGACAAACAUACGAGACUGUGACGCAUCAGAAUAGUAUUUCAAUAAAGAAAUGUCAAGACAUAAUAUAUUUGAGAGGCUGGGAGGGAGGGAAGGGGUAAUGGCCUAAUUACCCCUUAAAAGCAACAUGGCAGCAUUUGGGAAAAUAAGCAUGAGAAGACUACUGACUUAAGAUGGCUGUCAUGGGAUUCACAGUGCAGGACCGCAGAACUUUGUCAGAGAUUCAUCACGAAGGCAAUUAAUCAGCUGUUGGAGAAACCACGAGGCAAGCACACAAGCCAGGCUGUCCAUCAACAGAACAGGACAUGUCACAGGAAGUUGUUGUGCAAACAGGAAGGACAGAAUGAAGAGUGGAAGAUGACGUCCACAUCAGAGGAAAUACAAUGCACCUUGAGCAUCAUAUGGAAUCCAAAAUCCAAUCAUCAUCAUCAUCUGAGCCAAAUUGCGAGCCGCAUAUCCAGGCAUGGAGAUAAAGCCACAUUCCUCACAAUGACAGAACCUGAGACGCGGUAGAAAGAGAGCUGCUGAUGGAGGGAGGAAAACAGCUUGUCAUCCAUUCUCUCAGAUCAACUAAUAACAGAGAGCACGUGCUGGAGGAACUAAUGGAAGCACAUACACAAAAACUGAAACCCAGAUCAAGUAUGACGUUUCUGUAUUAUCCUGUUUUGGGAUAUUGUGAUACAAAAUACUGGAUGGAAACACCAAGACGCAAAUAAAAUGUUAAAAAUAUGCACAAAAAAUGCAUGCACUCGCUUAAGGUGGACACAUUUUUCAGUCUUUAAGAAGAUGUGCACAUAAACAACAAUGAAAACACAGGCUGAAUUCAGAAUAGAAUAC